AUGACAGUGACAUACACAUACCGUGUAGCUGAUGCACGCCUGGGCACCUUCUCACAGCUCCUGCUCCGAUGGAAAGGGAGCAUCUACAAACUCCUCUAUUGCGAGUUCUUAAUCUUCAUCUCUUUCUACUUCGGCAUCAGCCUCAUCUACAGGUGAGCACCGGCAUUUCUUUUAAGCCCGGUUGGUUUCUUUAGGGUCUUUCUGCAUGCAUCAUGCAAGCACGUUUUAGAUUUGGCGUAAGACUUCUGCAGGGGAACAAUUGGUAGAGGACGGCUCAAUAUCUCAUUCACUUGUAGCCGAUCAGUCUUCCUUUUGAGAGACAGGGAAGGAGGAGCCUGUACUUCAGGGUCUGCCUCCUCCUCCUCCUUUUAAUCUGCAUUCCAUCCAGGAAUAACUCCAGAGGGUAAGAAAGGGGAUAGUGGGUGUCCCGUCAAAAAUGCUUCCCGCUACGCUUUCUGCUCCCACUUAAGUAGAGCCAGAAAAACAACACAGCUUAAUAUGAACCACAGCAAACUAAUUGUAAAAAACAAAACAAAAACCACAGUAGAUUUUGGCCUUCGUUUUGAGCUCAUUCUUUGGAAAGGCAGUGGGUGCUUUUAAGGAAAGAAUGUUUCCCUCCUCCUCUCCCCAAACUCCAAAACCAACAAACAGGAGUCUGUUGAGCUGUAGGAAGGAGGCAGCUCUCCAGAGAGGAGGCCUGAGGCCGGGCACAGUUGCCUGACUCAACCAAGGAGGCAGCACCCUCAGAAGUCAGUGGGGAGGGUGUUUUUCCAUGUGAUCCGCAGGGGAUCGGAAACAUAGCACCUAAAUUUUUAUUUAUAAAAUCUGAAAGCAGACCCAACAGUGGGGGGAUUGUGUUCAAUCUUGUACUAGAGCUGUGCAAUAAGGAAACAUGGAGCCAUAAAGAAAAAAUUAUUCUAAAGAUUAUAUUUCCCCUAGAUUUGAGUGUUCUGAAUGCUCAGAGAAACGUGAGGUUCUUAUAUAAGCAAAGCAUUACAUUGCUACAUUGAGGGACAACAUCUUACUGCACACAACAAAUGAAAACAAAAGUGAAUUUGUUGUACGGUAUUGUCCAAAUAGCAACAAGAGCCCAUGAUUCUGCAGGAAGCUCUUUUUCUUCCUUUUUGCUUUUCUCAGUACCCAUUACUGAGAAAUCCCCUUUGUAGUUUUGAAACUGGAAAUAUUCCCCUGUGCUUCUAUUACAGGCUGGUUCUGAAUGAGAGCCAAAGGCUGAUGUUUGAGAAAUUGGCUAUGUACUGCAAUAGCUAUGCCGAACUGAUCCCGGUGUCCUUUGUACUAGGUAAGGCAUGUAAAAAUGGGGAAAGAAUGGUGCGAAACCCUUACCGUAUUUUUCGUCCCAUAGGGUGCACCGGCCCAUAGGACGCACCUAGUUUUUUGGGGGGGAAAUAAGGAAAAAAAUUAUUUCCCUCCCAGGCGCGGGGCUGGGGUGGGGAAUGCCCAAGCUUCCCCCGACCCCAGCCCCCAGAACAGGCAGCUCUCCCACUGCUUGCCGAGAGCUGCGCGAAGCCCGUAGCCUGGGGGGAGCUGAGCUCAGCGCCCCCCAGGCUUCUGGGUGCAGGCAGCUCUCCGCACCGACCCCUCUCGCUCUCCAGGCUUCAGUGAAAGCCUGCAUUCGCCCCAUAAGACGCACACACAUUUCCCCUUCAUUUUUGGAGGGGGAAAAGUGCGUCCUAUAGGGCGAAAAAUACGGUACAUUAUUUAUUUGCUUAUUUGUAACAUGUAUAGCCAGGACCAGCAAAAACAUUUUGGUGCUUGAGGCAGAAAAUCCAAAAUGGUGCCCCACCCAUCCCUAAUAUCUCUCUAUCUGUACCUAGAAUGAUCAGUACCAAAGCACUUCAGCUGAGAAUCACAGACUCUGUUUUUUCUCAAUUAUAACAAUAGGGAAAUAUUUUUCGCUCUCUCAUAACAUCCUAUUGAAGCUGAAUGUUGGAAAAUUUGGAACACACAAAAUAAAGUACUUCUUCACAAAGGAGGACAUAAUUAGGCUAUGACAGCUGUUCCUGCCUGGCAUGAAAUCUGAAGGCUGCUGGAGAAUUUCUCACACCCCUUAAGAAACACCAGACAGAAGUUCACAUAAAUAGGUCUUCUCUGAGAGGCAAGAUGGCUCUCUGCCAAGAGUACCAUUCUUACUGACAGUUUCAUGUCAGGCUUUGACAAAGCAUUCUCCCUACUUUGGGCUCAUAAGACCAUGAGGAACAGUGUGGUAGUGCCCAUUCUGACAGGGUACUGCUAAAUGAGAGAAGAGCAGGGCUGAGGGAUCUUUCUCACAGGAUCAACUGCAUAUACUGCAGAUAAAGAUCUCUCAAGCUCAGGCAUUACAGCCAGGGUGCUGAGCAUAUAAUGAGGCCACCCAGAGUCAAGCAAACGUAAUUUAUAUUCCAAAGAUUUUCAGCUUUUUUCAGUUUUGUGAGACAAAAAAUUGAACAUGCACAAGUAAUGUCUUCUGAAAGCUCAAAAUGGAAAAGGUUUGUGGCUCAGAGCUUGUGUGUGUGUCCCAAUUUUGCUCAAAUUGGAUCUGUUCCUGCAGCCCUUUCCUUUUCGUUCCUAUCAUCCUCACUAACCAUCUCUUUGUUUUCACGCUAGGCUUUUAUGUCACCUUAGUGGUGUCUCGAUGGUGGGGACAGUACGAGAGCAUCCCAUGGCCUGACCGCAUUAUGAACCUGGUCUCAAGUAGUGUGGAUGGAAAGGAUGAGUAUGGCCGCCUCCUUCGGCGCACGCUCAUGCGCUACAUCAAUCUGCUGGGUGUGCUGAUCUUGCGCUCGGUCAGCACUGCUGUCUUCAAGCGAUUUCCCAGCAUCGAACAUAUUGUGACAGCAGGUACUAUCCAUCGCAGUGAUGACCAACUAAGACAAAAUGUGCUUAAAGUGAUUCCCAUCCUCCGUGCCACAAAUGAAGACGUCCAGGGGGACACUUUGUGAGAUGCCAAGAGUUGGUUAGAGGAGGGAGGAAGGCAAUCUUUCUUGUUAAUUACAUUUAUAUCCUGCUUUUUUUCCUCCAAGGAAACUAAUAGGCAGCGUACAGGGUUAUCGACAUUGCUUUUUAUCCCUACAACAGUCGUGUGAAAUAGGUUGGAUUGAGAGACAGUGACUGGCCCACGGUGACUCAGUGAGCUUUAGGACUGAGCAUUGAUUUGAACUUGGGUCUCCCCUUUCCUAGCCUGAGAUUUAAUCUCCCACGCUACACUGGCCCUCAAUCUUUGAUGCCUUCAGCCUAUCAAAUCUAAGGGUUCAGAACAACUGGGCAAGUUAUAAUUGUUAUGGGGCCCACUCUGAAGCUACUGUUAAGCUCUUCCCACAUCUCCAAGUGGUUAGCAGUUCUAGGGGUACAGCACAUAUCCAGGUUUGGUUUCCUUUGGAAGGUGGUCAUUGGAAGCUUUUGGUGUUUUGUACGGUAUUGGCCCAAAUAUAUGCCGCACUUUUUUUUCCAAAUUCCGACCAUGAAAAGUUAAACUGCAGCUUAAAUUUGUGACCUUACAAAAAUUGGGUUUUACGAUAUCACUGCUGAAACAGACAUACGGUAAAAUGGAGCAGGUGUGAGUGCUUGUGGAAUUUUAAGGGAGUGACAUAUUUGAGUACAGUAUUGUCUUUUUUUUCCUUUUUCCCCUUGAAUUUUAAAGGUGCGGCUUAUAUUCGGGUGCAGCUUAUAUUUGGGGCAAUAUGGUAAUAUCUGUGUUUAUUUACAAAUAUAUAUUUGAAUUCGUGCUGUCUAUUGUGUUAUUAAUUUUUGCUGUUUAUUUUUAAGGCGCUUCAAUAUUUUGAGGUCCCAAAAAUUGUUUUUGAGAUCAACAGGUUUAUUUCCUCUCCAAAAUACAACCUGCAUGACAGGAUUCCUGUAAACUGUCCUCCUCCUCUCCCCCAUCUUCUUGUCUGCAUAGGCCUGAUGACUCCAGAAGAACACAAGAAGUUUGACAGUUUAAACUCACCCCAUAACAAGUUCUGGAUCCCCUGUGUGUGGUUCUCGAACCUGGCAGUGAAGGCACGUAAUGAUGGAAGGAUCCGUGACAGCGUGCUCCUGCAAGGCAUCUUGAAUGUGAGUUCAUGAUAUGCAAGUGGGUGUCAGCCAACCAUGCUGUAGUUUCCUGAACAGAGAACAUCAGGUCUGUCUCCAGGAAGGAGCAGAGGCAGAAUACAGUGGUACCUCAGGUUAAGUACUUAAUUCGUUCCGGAGGUCCGUACUUAACCUGAAACUGUUCUUAACCUGAAGCACCACUUUAGCUAAUGGGGCCUCCUGCUGCUGCUGCACCGCCGGAGCACGAUUUUUGUUCUCAUCCUGAAGCAAAGUUCUUAACCUGAAGCACUAUUUCUGAGUUAGCGGAGUCUGUAACCUGAAGCAUAUGUAACCUGAAGUGUAUGUAACCUGAGGUACCACUGUAAUUGCUGCAGGCCAUCAAGGAUGGGAUACGAUGAUAGGCAGCUUAAGACCAGUGGUAUGCGGGUAGCUGCGGACCCAAAACCUUCUGUGUCCCUACUGACAAAAUAACAAAACAAUAUUGCAAUUGGCAGUGCUCACUUUGGGCUCAGAGAAGGCAAGUCAGUGGAAAGGAUAAAGCAGGGUCAUGUGAGUCUGUGAUGUGCUUCAAGGACCACAAGGAGGAACCCCUCGCAAAGAGCGGAAGGAUGAGAAAAGGAGGGAGAACUGCUUCACUGGGUGCUUCCACACAGCAGCCGAUUGUGACUCAGUGCUGCUCAUGAACGCAAGUCUUUCACAGUGUCCACACAAUUUCAUCCUCCUUAAAACACCACCCCUGCAUCCCCAUUUAAUCUGGAUUUACCAGUUCUGGAUUUAUUUCUUUUUAACUUAAUGGGUUUUCCAUAGAAACAAUAAAUCCUGAUUAAAUGGGAAAAUACAGUGGGAUGGCAAUUUGAUGAGGACAUUGUGAGAGAGACACUCUUAAUAUUUUUGCAUUCUCCCAAGUUUCCUCUUAUGUCUACAAAAACAGGACUUUUCGUGUUGCGGCAUCUGCCCUCUGGAAUGUGCUCCCAGUAAUCAUCAGACAGGUGCAUAUAGUACUAGCAUUUAAGCAUCUCCUUAAAAUGCAUUUGUUCAUCCAGGCUUUCCUUGAGAGGCAAUCCAGUUAAGCUGAGUUAUUAAUCUGAUUCACUGAUGCAUUAUUUGUAAUUUGAUUUUAUUUAUUAUUUCACCGCCUCACUAUUUUUUAAAUGUUUGGCAGUAUACAAAUAUUUGCAAAGAAACAAAUAAUAAAGGCAAAAUGGGUGGGACUCUGUGGUGGAUCAUCUGUACCUUUAUCAGUACUUGUCCUUCCCUCCAACAGGAAAUGAACACUUUGCGCAGUCAGUGUGGGAGACUCUAUGGGUAUGAUUGGAUCAGCAUUCCAUUGGUCUACACACAGGUGAGAAUUGGUAUAUAUUCUCCAGACAAAAUUAAAUGAGUCUUGGUCCCACUUAAAAUCAAGCUAGCUCACUUAACACUCAUUUAUUUCAAUGGGAUUUAAAAUAAUCAGAAUUGCUAUCAAAAUGCAAAGUAAGCUGGAGCAACUCUCGUACAAGGAAGCGUAACAACAUUUGGGGCUUUUUAGUUUAGGAAAAAAGGGGUGAGUUGAGGAGAGGGCAGUGGCAGAGCUUCAUGCUCUGGCACCGGGGGGCGGGGGGGAGAGCAGGCAGGGGCGGGGCUGGUGCAUGUCCCCGGUGUGGCACAGGGGUGUGGCACAUGUCCUGGAGGUGUGGCACGCUGCCUGCGGGGGCAUGGCGCCCAGCGCAGGUGGGGGGUCCGGCUGUGAUGGCACCCCAGUGGGAUUGCGCUGCCGGGGGUGGUGCGCUCCCCCUGCACUCCUCUUCCUCCGCCAGUGGGAGAGGGGACAUGAAUAGAGUGGGUUCCCCCCCCCCACACACACUUUCUUUCUCCUAAUAUUAGAAUAUCUGGGGUUAUGCAAAAAAACUAGAUGAUUGGAGUUUCAGAGCAGACAAAAGGAUGUAUUUCUUCACACAGUGCACUAUGGAAUUUGCUCCCACCAGAUGUGAUGAAGGCCACCGAUGUAAGGCAGCUUUGAAGUGGGAUAUGAAAAAUUCAUGUAGGAUAAGGCUGUCAGUGGCUGCUGGUAGUCAUGGUGGCUGUUGCUACUUCCAGGAGCAGACAGCAUGCUUCACAAUACCAGUCACUUGGCAAUGGCCGCAGUAGAAGGCUGUUUCCACAUGCCCUGCUUGUGAGCAUAGGCAUCUGGUUCACCACUGUGGGAAAUGGAAAGCUGGGCUAGAUCAGCCUUUGGUCUGACCCAACAGGGCUCUUCUAUUAUUAGCCUCGGAAUACAUCCAAAGUCCUCAUGUACAAAUAUGUACCUGCCCUUAAACCCCUUCCACUUGAAUCUCCAAAUGGGAGGGAGGUUACUGGUUUGUGGCUGUUUCCUUUGCUCUCAUUUUUAUUGUGUAUUUUGUGUUUUUAUCUUGUAUUCUUUAUGUUGUGAACCGCCCUGGAAUCUACAGAUGAAGGGGGGUAUACAAAUUUAAGAAAUAAAUAAAAUUGUUAGUUUUCCCCACCACAACCACAGAUAUGCAUACUGCAUGCAUGAUCUUCUGUAGCCUUCACACCCAAUCCUUGCAUCACCUUCUCAUGUAACCUUUGUUUAUGAAUCCCAUAACACAACUCUAGUGUGCCAGACGUUGUAUGUUCAAGUCACAACGUCUUAUGCGGUUGCAGUCAAACACAUAGCAUAUAAUAGCUCCCCAUACAAUGACAGGGAAUUUUCAAGACUAAUGAGUUUGGGUCCUUAUUUUCUCUGAGUACAUGCUCUUUUUCUCCUUGAGCAUAUCAAGACUUGCCCUACUAGCUCACUCCCAUCCACUGAAUCAUGUUUUUGCCUGAGCCCUACAAACAGCUUCACAGCUCUUGGCAUGCUGUUCCUGCCCUCUGUGCAAAAGGAGGGCUGUUAUCUACAUUAGACACCAGGCAUGUUAACUGCUCACCACCGCCCAAACUGCAGCCUCGGGGUAGACGUUAUGGUGCCAGCUUCCUCACAUGUCUUAUGCAACCCUGUUGCUUAAAUAGUGCACUCUGCCAGACUCUGUUAUGCCGAGAAAAAGGAUUUCAGGUUAAUGGAAGGUAUAUAUCGAACCCUGCAAGCCAGGAUGAAAGGCAGAUAAAGGUCAAGGCUGUACAUGGACAGUCUAUUUCCAUGAAUUAGUUGUUUUCUGCAUAGCCAUAGGAACUUAAAUAAUGACAGGUGGCAUUCUGAGCCAGAUUUUGGAUUGCAAAUGAUGUAGAAAUGAUAUGGGACAUUAACCAUGGUGCCUUUAGAGGCCCCAUAUAUUGGAAAGAUCAAAUAGAGAAUUGUAAAACUCAAAAAAGCUGAAGAAUUAGUAGAGAAUUUAGAGCCAGAGUAGUUCUUUUGAGGCAAAAGGGAUGAGGAAGUGAGACAAUAACUGAGUUCUUCAAAAUCUUUGGGGCUUUCCAGACAAAGGUCCUUUUUCAUGGAAAUAUAACCAUGCUUUCACCUAGGGCUUUUCUAAUACUAGCCACAUUUUAAAAAUCCCCAUAGAUCUUCCCAGUGUGGAAGCAAAUGGGCCUGAACUUGCUGCAAGAAGAUAACAUGGGUUGUUGUUUUCUUGUAUUGAAACUGUACGAGGGAUUCACUCAAGUACUGGAAGAUGUGGCUGAAGUUUCUGGAAGAAGAAGAAAAGGAAUGAAAAGAACCAAUGAAAGGGGUUUAGAACAGUGGUGCUUACCCAUGUGGUAGGCAGGUGGGCGAGGGGCAGGUGAUGUGUCUUGCAGCAGUCUCAUAGGCAUUUCAGACCCCAUGGGUACAUGUGGCAUCAGUGAAACCACAGCGAAAGAGACAGAACACAGCUGUGCUUGUUGGGGGCAAGAAGCUUGCUUUCUUGGGUUAGUGACUUUAGUCUGGGUCAUAAUGAUACUACCCCUGCAGAAGCACUUCCUUUUGUGAACCAUAUCUCAGUAAUGGCUGUGCAACCCCCACCCCAAUAAGCCACGGUGUCUUAAAAGGCCCUAACACACUCUGUCUCUUUCUCCAAGGUGGUCACAGUGGCCGUUUACAGCUUUUUCCUGGCUUGUUUAAUUGGUCGACAGUUCCUGGACCCUGCAAAGGAGUAUCCUGGCCACGAGAUGGAUCUCUUUGUGCCCAUCUUCACCUUCCUGCAGUUUUUCUUCUAUGCUGGCUGGCUAAAGGUCAGUUCAAAGGACAGAGUGUGGAUUCCCCCAGGAACUUCUGCCCAUCAGGAUAGAACUUCCGAAGUUCUUUUUUAAGUAGCCGAGACACACCCUGAAGCCACUUUAGACAGAGGCAAAUCCAGGAUUUAUAGAGUGGCCAAAAGUCCACGUAAUGGCAGCAGACCUAGAUCUUCAAACAUAGGUCUGCCCAUCCAUGGGUAACUGGAAGAUGGUGGGUGAUUUAAAGAACCAAAGGGGCAUGCAAGUGCGAGGUACUGUGCCUUCUGUUCCAGCCACCACUCUUACUUCUGCAGUCCAUCCCAUCAAGAGGUUUUCUUUCUAGUGAGCUAGCUUAAAAAAUAUAUUAUUAAGCAGCUGGAGCUGGCAAGGUCUUCUUCAAAUGCAAAUUGUAUUGGUAAGGCAGUGCAUAGCAAGCAAAUACAUCAACAUCUCACUUUCUUUUUUCCCCUUUUUUUUACAAAGUGCCAGAUCCUUUUGGUCUGUUAACCUUGCCUUUUAAUCCUGCUGACUGGACAAGAUAAAAUUGUCUUAAAUAUAAUAGUGAAGCCCAUUUUUAAAAGCAAUCUGGACCACCCUUAGUUCCACAACUAAGAAGCUAUUUUCAUUUCAAUUCAUUUCAUUUAAAAGCAGUUCUAAACCGCAUAAUAUGUAACAAUCUCUAACCAGUAUGUAAGAGUACAAAACAAAAGCAAUGAAACAUUAUUUUAAAGCUAAAAAUACAACAUAUAAACCAGUAAAACAGCAUUAUGAAAACAUAAACAGGAUUUCAGCAAUAACAGACCAACCUUCUGAGUCAAGGAAAGCCUAGGCUAACAGGUAUGGGUGGUUUUCAACUAAGUUUUACUUGACUUAGUCAUGUCCAUUAAUUUCAGUGGGUGUACUCUGAGUAAAACUUCGUUAACUACCAAACCAUGUUUUUACAAGACAUCUGAAACAACUGAUGGAUGAAAUUUCAUGUCCAGUGCUGAUCAGCAAUGCUUUCAUUGCACACAUUUCACAGGUAGCUGAACAGCUCAUUAAUCCAUUUGGGGAGGAUGACGACGACUUUGAAACCAACUGGCUCAUUGAUAGGAAUCUGCAGGUGAGUUUGAGGCCUGGCUAUUACAGAACUCAGAGAAGGCCUUUUUUAGGCUUCCCACAGGGCAGCUCUUUCCCCUUUGAGGCUCAACAUUCCUUCUCAGCGAUUCAUUAGACAUCCAGCAUUCAAUAAGAUGAAAUCAUGGCUCUGAGAAAAAGCUUCAUAUAGCAUUAGCAGGUCUCUGAGCCAAGCAUGAAUUUCUUGGUGUGUGGCUUUGUUAUCAGAAGGCCUAGUGUGCUUCUAACUUAACGCAUGACAUUUCAAGAUGUUUCUAUAUCAAAAUUUGGAAGGAGGCUUCCCAUACUCGCCCUCCUUGAGCUUUCACUCUUUACUGCACCUUUGAUCAUUUGCCUGCUACUCAUGAUCUCAUGCUGCUUCCUGUACAUCAAAGGCACCUUUCCUCCUAGGCAGGCUUGCGCAACUUGUGGUCCACCAAGCUGAGCAUAGCCCGACUCAGCCAUGAGCUGAGCCGACUACAGAUGCCAUAAACCUCCAGCUUUUUUUUUUGUCUGCCUGGGACUCGCCCACUCAAAAAAGGAGAAGGUUAUCAAGACUCCAGCAAGCCACAAUAACAUAGUUAUCUUAGUGAGCUGCUCUAUUAUCAUAAGCUCUCCAGCACUCUCAACUGAACACAGUCAUCGCCUCAGCCAUUCUUAAAUUGCAACUGCCCCCAAAUUAUUCGAAAUGGAUGUUUUCUUAGAAAUGGAAGAAUAAGAGCAAACACAUUCACAAUGCCAUUGAGUUUUGACCCCAUUGGGCCUGACGUGUAUGUCUUGUCUAUGCAGGUCUCCCUUAUGGCAGUGGAUGAAAUGCACCAGGACCUGCCCACCCUGCAGAAGGACCCAUAUUGGAAUGAACCAGACCCACAGCCACCCUACACAGCAGCAACUGCGGAUUAUAAGCGGACAUCUUUCCUGGGCUCGACCUUUGACAUCAGGCAAGUGAAGCUACCUUAAGCAACCCUUUCCCGACACAGGAGAUGAAGUAGGCGUUUGCCUAUGGAAGCUCAUGACAUUAUACACGUGUUCGUCAUUAUAGUUCCCACAAGAGUUUUGAGAAUUACUAGCAGAAAACCCAAGGAGGAGAUAAAAUAACAUGUUGCAGUGGGGAGUGCUCCUGUUCAGGGUUCCAGCCAGCCAGCCAUGCCCUCUUCCUGCACACAAAGUAAUAAACCAGAAGAGGACAGUGUUCAACAGAACAUAUUAAAAAAAACCUUAAAACAUUUUGUACUUCCGCAAGCCUGCUCUUGUGCAUGGAUGAUGCCAUUUGGGCUACGUAAGGAGAAUGAGUUUGCAGUUAGCAUAUAAUUUGACAUUCCUCCAAUGCUCACACCACUCUUUUUACAUCAGCAUCUACCAGAACGUGUCAUUUGGCUGUUUUGAGGUGCUGUGGAGCUUGUUUUUGCUGUUGCUAUGGCUCCCAGCAGAACCUCAGUCACCCAAACCACAAAUAGCCAAAUUCUUUGUGAUAUGUUGCCAAGACUCACCUCUUUAGCUCUGCCACACCUCACCUUGUGGCCUGCAGGUAAUCAAGUGAAUACCACUGGCCAAAGUAAUCAAGGCGCAGACUGCCAAAUAAGCUGUUUAUGAACAUCUUCAUCCUCUGAGGUGUUUGAAUAAAUAGGACUGUGCUAUAUGUCAUGUCUGAGCAACUUGUCUCAUGGGUCAGCUUAUCCUGGUGCAGGAUUUUCAUAUUUGGUUUUGUAAGCACACAUAGAGCAGGCCCUAUCAUUGGGCAGAGUGAGGCAGCCACCCCAGGCAGCUGAUUUUAGAUAUCAUAAGAAGGCAGCAAAUUGUUAGUGAUUUAUUAUUGAUUUUUUUUACUGCCAAGGAGUGGGCAGAGCUGCUUGUGGAUUUUUUUUUGCCUCAGGUGCCAAACUAACUUGAUCAGCCUUGGAUAUUGCACCCCUUGACGAGGAGGAAUUUUGCAGCAAAAUGUCUUGGGCCAAACCUGGAAGUAACAAACAAGCAUGAGUAGACAUGCUAGUACAAACACAGAAGUAUUCCUACUGGGCACAAGAAUCAUUGACUGGCAUGGUCAAGCACCUACCAAGUCCCAUACGUCAAUAGUUGAGAGCCCCCUGGUCCCACCCCUUCUCCUCUUCCUUGCUGUUGCUGCCCACUUGCUCACCUCUUCUCUCUCUCUCUCUCUCUCUCUCUCUCUCUCUCUCUUUGACCCACUAAGGGGGUGAGCAAGUGAGAAGCCAUGUUAGUGAGGAGCAGCAAUCUGUGCCACAUCUGCUUGCUCAUUGGUUCUUCUCUGCCUGGUGAACACUGAACAGGUGACAGCAAUAGUCAGGGGAAGCAGCAGCAACAGGGGCUGGAAGUGGGACCCCUGACAUAAGUUGGUGGUAAAGGGGCAUGGAGGAUGUUUUCUCUCCAAGGGCUCUCCAGAACAUGGAGAUGGCCCUGUUCAGAGUGCACCCAACAUAGGAGUUUAGAGCCACCCUACAUGUUCUAAUCUCUCCAGUCACUGUGUACAACUGCCUGUUUCCCUUCUCCAGCAUGCAGAAAGAAGAGAUGGAAUUCCAACCCCUGGAACAGAUUAAAGAGAACGAGGAAGCAAACCACUCCACCCCAUUGCUGGGCCACAUCAGCCGAUUCCUGAACGUCCAGUCCCCCACCUUCCCCAGGUCGUCCAGAAUGAACCUGAUGCGCCGUAGGAAUGACAGUGUGCCUUCUUCCCCUUAUUACGCAUACCCAGAUGUGGGCAAACCCGGCAGCCCAACCAGUAUCAACCAGCAAAGGGGAGACUGCUCCCCGGCAAGCUUCAGCUCCCAGGACCAAUGGGACAAGGCGGCCAGCAAGCUGAGAGAAUUUGACGCCUUCAUGUCCACUCCGUUCUACGAGAGGCCUGGCUUCUACAGCGCCCCACAGACGCCCAUCAGCUCCAUCCCCAUGAUCUUCCCAUCCAGACGUCAAGGCCGCAAGAAGCCGCCUGCUCUCUCCAGCAUUGCCGCCUGCUCUUCUUCUUUGAGGGACAACUCCACCAGCCAAUCUCCUGGCAGAGCCAGUGACAUGGACAGAAGUGAGAACUCUCUUGGGUCGGGAACUAGAGAAACUUUUGUUUGGCCAACGGAGAAAGGCCAGGCUUCAGACUCCUUGGCAGUGACCAUUGAAGAGGUGGCAAAAAACUUGACCAAAGGAUCGAAGGAGAUUGCCCCUUUGGGAAGCCCAGGAGGGCCUCUGUCCUCAGCGAGCUCGGCAAGUCCCAAGUUUCCUUUCUUUGCGGAGUCCCCGGAUCCUGAGAUGCAGGCAAACGUCAAGGGUCCGAAAGGCCACCGGCAGCCCUGGUUUACACCAGACCGCUCAGCAACUCCAAACCCAGACUACCCCACCUACCUCCACUCCUACGGUAUCAAGACCCCUAGCAGCAAUGGCCCUCCCACCUGCUUUCCCUUCACACCCUUGACAUCCCCAGUGCUUGAGAGAUCCCGUCUGGGCAAAGCAAACGCUGCUGUUGGCUCUGCCUCGGAGGCUUCUCCUGGAGGCAUGGAGCAGGAUUCGCCAACAGCCCCUGGGGCUGCCAGAGAUGCAGGAAGUGGAGUCACCAACACUUAUCAUACCAAGGAUCAGAGAAAGGCAGCCAGCUCUUCUCCCAAUGACUCGGGCAUCUCCCUAGCAGAAGGAGACUUUGUCGGGCUAAUGGAAGUGAUCAUGGAAACCAGCGAGAGCACAGCUGACGAAGGGAAGGAGGCAGAGAUGACUAAAUGA